AUGAAGGAAGUAAAUGCCCGCAUAGACCAAAUCCCGGGUGCGCCACCAAUAUUGAAAGGCCCGGACUCAAAGAAGUAUACUAAAUUUCCGUACAAGCCGAGCGCAGCACCAGAACUAAUCCCGAAGCGGUUCAAAAUGCCAAAAAUGCCAAAGUAUAACGGUACUUCAGACACACAGGAGCAUAUUACCACCUACACAAUAGUGGGUGAAUACCAUGGGACGAACGGCCACCGAACAGGGGACUGCCGACACCUACAGGAGGAAGUGGCAACAACAUUGAAGAGUAGUCACCUCAGAGAAUUCUUGAGUGACCGAGCUAAGAACAAUUAUGGUCAUAACAGAGACAACACAAAACCUUCGAAAGCAGGAGAAGAACCCCCACGCCAAACGAUCAAUAUGAUCUUUAGAGGGAAUGAGAUUAACAGGGUUACCUUUUCAGCGGCAAAAAAGACGAAAGUAUCAAUAAUUCAUAGCAAAAGACUCCAGGAAGACGAUACCACUUUCACGAAAGAGGACGCAGAUGGAUUGCUGUUACCACACAACGAUGCACUGAGAGUAUUGGAGCAAGCUGAACUCACCAAAAGCAUUAUUGUGGCAACAAAGCUCCUCGCUGGAUUCAACCUCGCGAGCGUGAUGACCCCGGGAGAGAUUUUUCUGCUCACGAAUGCUGAAGGAGUAAUGAAAACAACUCUCUUCGAAGUUUUAGACGGUGACAUGGGAUACAAUAUCAUCCUGGGAAGGCCAUGGCUACACGAGAUGAAAGUUGUGCCCUCGAUAUAUCACCAAUUGUUGAAGUUUCCAAAACCCGAAGGAAUCAAGCAGAUAAGGAACCAGCAGCAAAAGAGAUGA